AUGACUGCUGCCGUUAUUUAUCAAGGAUUGGAAGAUAAUCCAUGGAUUAGCAAGAAUGAAUUGAGAAGUAUUGUGCGCAGAGCGGUAGACACAGUAAAAAAUUUAACUAGUGAUUUCGAACGUAGAAGAAGAAUUAAUCAAAUUAUGCCUCAGCCCGCCAACAGGAAUUUUCCUCGACAGCGUGGAGGGUGUUUAUAUUGUAGACCAUAUUCGUUUCUAUGUAGAAGACAUACACUCACAAAGUCCCAUUCGUGUAGACAGGCCUUCGAUAUUUCAUUUGAUUCUAUUAUAAACUUGCUGGAAGUUGGAGUAAUAAAAACGAAUAAAGAUAAGCCUCUUACUUCGCAACAGGUUAGCAAUAAUAUAAAUAAAUUAAGAGGAAAGCUUUCGGCAAAGAACAAAAUUUCUG